GUUUACGAGAGUUUUCCAUUCCACAUUGCUUUGUCAUGGAAGGGUACUUCUCCUGAUGCACAAAAUGGGGUGGCAGAUAAUCAGCAGAGCACUAUAGUAUUCCCCAAGGGUAAUCCAAUACCUAGUGUGAAGGCUUUGACUUUCUACAGAUCUGGCACCUUCAAUGUAGAUGUACAAUAUGCUGACAUCAGCGAAUUGCAGGCACCCGCUAAGAUUAGUACUUACACG